UUGUGUCGUGACGAAGGAUACAGGAAGAUGCCAAGGCGAAGACUGCGAGGUAAGCAAGUGGCACAAUUUAAGAUGCACGACAGAUGACGACUGCAAUGAGCCACACGCCUUGUGCUAUGAACACCUGUGUCGGUGUGAACCCGGGUACUUCUAUACAACACAUGAUACGUGUACUAUCACAUGCAGCACAGACGAGUUCCACGACACCUUUACAGAGUACCCAGACAGUGCUAUAAGUGGAAACCUCUUUGAAAGCGUGGACGGACACAGUCUGAAAGGCUGCAAGGACCAGUGCAUGUAUGACAUUGACAAGCGUUGUCUCACAGUUGAUUUCAAAGCCGAUGGAGGUCUCUGUCGGCUUCAUAGUGUCACCGCUCAUGAGUCUCCCUCAGACUGGACUCCUAAGACGAGUAAAGGCUGGACCCACUACCAGAGAUCCUGCAAUUCCACUUUUGCCUCACACCAUACCUGGUACAACUUACUGUGUCACACCAAAGUGAACUGUCCUGACCCAAACAGCGAUUGUUUGUCAGGCAGAUGCCAGUGUCCUUUAGGCUUCAAGUUCAUAGAAACCAAGAAGAAGUGUGUUGCUGCAAGCGUGCUAAGCAAGUGGCACAAUGUAAGAUGCACGACAGACAACGACUGCAAUGCGCCACACGCCGUGUGCUUUGAACACCUGUGUCGGUGUGACCCCGGGUACUUCUACACAACACAUGAUACGUGCACUAACACAUGCAGCAUGGACGAGUUCCAGGCCUCCUAUACAGAGUACCCAGACAGCACUUUAAGUGGAAACCUCCUUGAUGGCUCGGAUGGAAUCAGUCUGAAAGACUGCAAGGACAGGUGCAAGGCUGAAAAGCAUUGCUACACCUUUGAUUUCAAAGCCAAUGGAGGUUUCUGUCGGCUUCACAUUAUUGCCGCUCAUGAGUCUCCCUCAGACUGGAAUCCUAAGAGGAGUAAAGGCUGGACCCACUACCAGAGAAUCUGCCAGUCCACCUUUGCCUCACGCCGUACCUGGAACAACUUACUGUGUCUCACCAAAGUUAACUGUCCUGACCCAAACAGCCAUUGUUUGUCAGGCAGAUGUCUAUGUCUUUUAGGCUUCAAGUUCAUAGAAUCCAAGAAGAAGUGUGUUGUUACAACAUGCAACACAGACGGGAUUCGGGAGACCUUUAGAGAGUACCCAGACAACUCUAUACGUGGAAACCUCCUUGAUAGCUCGGAUGGAAUCAGUCUGAAAGACUGCAAGGACAGGUGCAAGGCUUACAAGCGUUGUUUCACCUUUGAUUUCAAAGCCGAUGGAGGUCUCUGUCGGCUUCAUAAUGUCACCCCUCAUGAGUCUCCCUCAGACUGGUCUCCUAAAACGAGUAAAGGCUGGACCCACUACCAGAGAUCAUGCAAGCCCAUGUUUGCCUCACGCCGUACCUGGGACAACUUUCUGUGUAACAACAAGAAAGACUGUCCAGACCCAAACAGCGAUUGUUUCUCAGGCAUAUGUCAGUGUCCUUUAGGCUUCAAGUUCAUAGAAACCAAGAAGAAGUGUGUUGCUGCAAGGUCAUGUCUAGACUGGCAGGACAGAGGUGCCAAAAGUGGUGUGUACACCAUUCGGCUAAUAAUCAGCAGCAAACCUCGAAGGGUGUGGUGUGACAUGGAGUCUAGCGGCGGCGGCUGGCUGGUGUUCCAGAGACGUCGCGACAACUCGGUUGACUUCAACCGGAACUGGACAGAAUAUCUACAAGGUUUUGGUGACAUCUCUGGAGAUUUCUGGCUGGGCCUGUCCGCCAUUUACGAACAGACAGAUUAUAUAUAUUGGAGCUUGAGAGUGGACUUCAGAGAUGGGCGUGGAGAACGUCGCUACGCUGAGUACAAGAAUUUCUCUGUAGCCAGCAACUACAAACUUUACGUGUCCGACUACUCGGGUGACGCAGGAGAUGGCUUGGGUCCUAGUAAAGAUAGAGAAUUUUCAACCUAUGACCGAGACACGUACGGUUGUGUCAGGACACGUCACAGCGCCUGGUGGUACCCGGAUGGCUGUGGCAGCACUUACCUCAACAGCCCUCGUGCAAGCGACAAUGUUUGGGGUAACUUCAGCAACCUGCAAUUCUCGGAGAUGAAGAUGAAGCCACUCUCUGGGUCAGCACUUGGGUUUAAUUCGCGCCCCUGACGUUCUCACAGAUGAAGAUGAAGCCAGAGUAACACCUGUUCCACUGAUGAUGUGAACUCAGUGUAGAUUAAUCUUUCGCAAUAUUCUACCAUCUCAACCUCGUGCAGACUACUGUACUUUAAUUGUUUACUUUGAUUAUAUUACCUGGUGAUUCUCUUAUACAUGUGUUGUAUUAUUUCUUUAAGAUUUGGAUUUGCUUGGAUAAACUAACAUGUUUGAAAACAUAAAUGUAAGUUUAAUUAAUUCAGCAUUUAAUUGUGCCUAGGUUGUAGUAAACAUGUAAUGAACUGUAGCUAGGCACCUAAUAGUUUAUACAAUGUUGGCAGUUCACAGUGUAAAAAAGAUAAACAUCCGAGAGUUUCAUUUUCAAAAUUAUGCAGAAACACGGAUACUGAUUGCAUCAAACACUGAUAUUCAUUAUUUCCUUACUGACGAUAACUGAACAUGACUCAGAUUCUUAUAUUUUUUAAUUGUUAGGUAUUAAAAAGGGUUUAAGUUUAUUUUGUAUUAUGUGAAACUUUACCAUAUCCUUGAGUUUGCUUUAUUUAAGCAAAAAUUGACAUUUUCACAAACCUAUGAACGAAGCAUACUUUUUGUAAAAAACAAAUAUAACUAUUGCGAAGAAUGAACAGAUAUUUUCAUGAAAGCAAUUAAAAUUAUAAGUAGUAUUGUUAGUAUUUGCCGCUUUGACUAAAUGUGAUAACAUCACUAUGUACUCAAUAUUACCUCCCCUUUAACAUAAUGGUAACAGUAGUUGAUACAUCACAUCUCUUACUUAAUUGUAAAAAACAACUUUCUUUUACAAUAUUCGAGUAAGAGGGACGUUUCGAGCCCUCAUUGAUAUUCUCCACCUUCUUCUACGGGGUGUUGAUGUAGAACUAUUGAUAAGUAUUUAAUAAGUAUUUGUCAUAAACUGAAGCGAUCUCCUGCUUAUU